CAAGCGCCUUUUUCUCCUUUCUUUCUUCUGUUUUUUCUUUCCCUCUCGCUCACAAUCAUAGCACAAACUGAGUCGAAUUCAUCUUUGUGAAUCGAAAUCGAAAGGCCCUGACUUUGUUUCUCUGGGUUCUCUAUCUCUCUCUCGCUCUCGGUAAAGCCGUCGGAGACGAUCGACUUUUCAAAGGAUCUGCCAAAGAAUGACAAGGUUCCGCCGUCGUCAUCUAAGCCAGCGAAAUCCGGAGGCGGGAAGCAGAAGAAGAAGAAGUGGAGCAAGGGAAAGCAAAAGAAGAAGGUGAACAACAUGGUGUUGUUUGAUCAGUCUACUUAUGACAAGCUUCUCACCGAAGCUCCCAAGUUCAAGCUCAUCACCCCUUCCAUCAACAGGAGAGGUGUGGCAUGCGGUUCAUGCCAUUCUAUGGUCAUAGUUGACAGAACAGAUAUCACUGAUCGUCUUGAGCAGCUCGAGAUCUACGACGGGAAAGGAUCAUUAGAAGAGAGUGUAGAACCAACAGAAGAAACUGUGGCAGCAACAAAGCAACAACCUGCCAAAAGAGGUGCUUCUAAAAAGAGGAAAUUAGCGUCGAAAGCUUCUUCUGAGUCUGAACAAGACAGUUGAAAACAGAGACAAGGAGAAGGAAGCUCAAAGUGACAGCGAUUACAGUGAAGAUGGAGAAGAAAAAGCCAAUGGCAAGAAACAGAGCACUCGUGGCAGAGGACGUGGCCGUGGAGGAAGAGGUCGCGGUGGUCGCACCGGUAAUGGAAAUGCUUCGCCGGCGAAGACCGGUGGAAGAAGAGGAAGAUCACGUAAGUCUUAGAGACAACUUUGACUCCUCCGAGUCUUUUCCAUGUUUUAACAGUUUUUAAUUUGCUUUAUCAAACAUUUUGUUUAAGCUUAUCGGCGGCUUCUGUAUUCUGAUGUAACCAACAUCGAAUGAUUUAUUCGUAGUCAAAAACAUUUUCGAUUUGAACAA